UCAUCAGUCCUCAUUCUGCUGGAUCUAUCUGCCGCGUUUGACACUGUCAAUCAUCAGAUACUCCUCUCCACUCUCUCAUCACUGGGCAUCGCUGGAAUUCCACUUCGCUGGUUUGCAUCCUAUCUCACUGAUGAUCCAACGGUAGCUGCAAGGAUCUCAGGUUGCCUGGCAGACAUCUCGGCAUGGAUGAAAGAACAUCACCUCCAGCUCAACCUGGCAAAGACUGAGCUUCUUGUCUUUCCUGCCGCUCCAACUCUACAGCAUGACAUCACGAUCCAGUUAGGUUCAUCAACAAUUACCCCAUCAACUUCGGUCAGAAAUCUUGGUGUAAUCUUUGAUGACCAGCUGACCUUCAAAGACCACAUUGCAAAGACUGCUCGAUCUUGCAGGUUUGCACUACACAACAUCAGAAAGAUCAGGCCCUUUCUGACGGAGCAUGCUGCACAACUUCUUGUCCAGGCCCUUGUCAUUUCUAGGCUGGACUACUGCAAUGCUCUUCUGGCUGGACUUCCAUCAAACACAGUCAAACCUCUACAAAUGAUUCAGAAUGCGGCGGCACGACUGGUCUUCAAGGAACCCAAAAGAGCCCAUGUUACACCUCUCUUUAUCUCAUUGCAUUGGCUACCAAUCGCAGCUCGCAUCAAGUUCAAGACACUGAUGCUUGCUCAUAGAACAACCACAGGCUCAGCACCCGCCUACAUGCACUCACUAUUAAGAAUCUACAUCCCCUCCAGAAAUCUGAGAUCUGCUAGUGAGCGACGCCUCGUGGUACCAUCACAAAGAGGCUCAAAAUCACUCUCCAGAACAUUCUCGUUCACCAUUCCUGGCUGGUGGAAUGAUCUUCCCACCCAUAUUCGGAGUACUGGAUCCCUGUCAAUCUUCAAGCAACAGCUGAAAACUCAUCUCUUUCGACACUACUUGACUUCAACCUACACAUAAAAAAAAAAAAAAAAAAAAAAUCUUUCUCCUUACUUAUUCCUUCCCUUGCUAGCUUGUACUUAUUUAAACAAUGCCUGAGACUUGGUGUUACAAGCACUUCCUUUGUCGAAUUGCCUCUUCAAGAUGAAUCGCUUCAUGUGUUCCCCAAAUUGUAAGUCGCUUUGGAUAAAAGCGUCUGCAAAAUGACUAAAUGUAAAUGUAAAUGUAGUUUAAGAAAAAUGUAAAUUCUUAAAACUUUAUAAACCGUUUAGUCCAGCUUCCGUUCUCUCAAGCAGGCACAUUCUCGACAAGGCGGUUGAGAGUAUGACGUAGGCGUCACGAAAUGCGCAACGUAAGCUCCGGGAGAAGCCUGCAAAAAUCUCAGUCUCCUCUUGCCUUAUAUCGAAAUCCUCCGACAUUUUUCACUUGAAUCUUCGUUUUAAUAGUUUUAAUUUCAUGCUAUUAUGUGUUUAAAUUGUGCAUGAAUAUUCCCAAACAAUAUGACAGUGCGAUCUCUUUGUGAGAUAUGUGAUUGAUAAAAAUCUAAAAUACAUGUUUGAAUUAAAAUAAAAAUGGAUGAUAAAUACGCCUUUCAUAUGGAAUUAAAUAGCAAACACUUUGAGUGUCUUGUUCAUCAUAUUUAUAUAUUCAUAUAAAAGCAACAUAAAUGAAAUUAUAUCAUGUUUAUCAGCAGCACAGCAUAUGAGUGAGAAUAACUCGAUAUCCUCCUUUUAUCUCGUAUGUAUCUGUUCCACUUCGAGAGGUCAGAAUUGUUCGUCUUGACUGCGCUUAUUUCACUCCUCCCCUCACUGCAGCCGCCUACUCUCGCCUACAUUUCAGGCGAGGCCAGGCACAUCUCAAACAAGCCUACUUUCUGCUCCCGGGAGUGACGCUCUCACGGUGUUUGCAUGCUCUUAUCACAGAUGAAGUAAAUUAAAUGCUAUAUUUUUCAAAUACACAGCUAGAAAUGUUUUCAUAAGCAACAGAAACACAUUUUAUGUACUGCUUAAUACAGUGCCAUCUGUUCAUGAAUAAAGUUCAACAUUAACAUAUUGUAACCAGGGCUGCGUUCAGCCCCGAAAAAAACGGUGCAAAACAUUUAUUAAACGGAAACGGUGGUGCGUUGAACACCUUGUUCUGAUGACGCAAGUGUUGCAACUAUGGCAGCCGAUAAGGCCAUUCUUUGUGUUCUUUUUGAAGAAUUUUCAGAGCCUGAUGAAAUCGGUAUAAAUACAUGUUUAAUACUGCAAAAUACGCUCGAUGUUACAGUCACUGCCCUUGCUGUCCAGAAUAAAAGAGAAUAUCCCAAUCGAGUGAAGGGAUUUGUGGAAAGUGUGGUUCCUAAUUAUUGUGAUCCAACAUUUGCCUCGCAUUUCAGGAUGAAAAGACAAACAUUUUAGAUGAAGGAUAAUCCACUUUUUUACCUCCGAGGCAGUGUUAUGAUCUAUAUGACCUUAUUCUUUUUAUUGUGAGUAUUAGGCUUAUCAUUAUUGCUGAUAACUGUUGUUGUGGUAUUGAUAUUGUAAUAUUUACCAUUAUAUAAUCAGUGGAGCAUAUAAACGUUUAUGAAAGUGUCACCCACAAUACAAUAGCAAAAUAUAUAAAUAUGUAGUAUUUUUAUGUCACAUUAAUCAGUGUCUAGCACACCUUCCUAAGGAAAGGAUAUGGACCAGAAGACAUUGCAAUUACUACAUGAUAUUUAGACAGACUUAAAGAAGUUCCAGAUCUAUACUUGUGCUCUUAUUAUUUCAGUUAUUUUGCCUUUAAUGUAAAUAAACAUGUGCAAACAAUGUACUUGCUCAUGUGAAUUUAUUUUGAUGUUAAUUACAUUUACUUACAAAUUCAUCAUCAUCAUGUAACAUAUGCUAUGUUACUAUAAAACUCUUACGACAAACAUGUCUUCUAAUAUCUUCAAUUGUUGUAUACUGAGCUGCAGCGGACACAUAUUAAAUUACUUCACUUGGA